CCUGCCUUCUCUCUCUCUACCAUUUCUCUCUCUCUGAUUACAAUCAAAACCCAAGACAACAAGAAUGUUCUCCAAACUCAAGGAAAGGUGAAGAAGAACUCCUUGAAGAAGAGCAACGAGAGAGAGAGAGAGAGGCGUGGAGAGAUGGACCACAUGCUAUGUGAUGAACUCCUUGAAGAAAUCUUUCAAAGGCUUCCACCAUCACCCACUUCAUCUCUCUCAGUCUGUUUGGUCUCCAAGCGCUGGCUCCACCUCUACCGCACCUCCAAGACAUCCCUCUCUCUCCGCCUCACCCCUCACAAUUCCACAAUCCCCGCCUUGUCUUCCCUCCUCUCCCACUACCCUUCUCUUCUCUCCCUCUCUCUCGUCCUCUCCUCUGACCCCACCACCGCCACAACAACCACACCCACCACUUUCUCAGACCACCUACUCCUCAAACUCUGUUCCUUUUGUACCAGGCUUCAUACUUUGAGGUUCUUGGCCGGCCCUGUCUCUCUUUCCUCUCUGGAUUCUCUCUCUUCAGCCUGUACCCACCUCACCUCUCUCUGUAUCAAUCUCUCUAGGCCUAUCUUUUUCAGUUGGGUUGUGAAUUUUCCUGCUUUAAAAGAGUUAUCGAUCCUCGUCUGCUCUGGGGAAGGCCUUGAAGAAGAAAUUGAGUUUGCUAGGGAAUAUGGGUUGUGGGAAAAUGAGGAUUUUGAUGCAGGACUCGGCUUGGAGAGUCUGUGUUUAUCAGGAAUUCGAGCUGACGAUGGGGGCUUGAGUUGGCUAUGGCGGAGCUGUAAAAGGCUGAAGAAAUUGCAGCUACGGAGCUGUCAAGGUAUUGGUGAUGGAGGGUCUUUCUCGUCUUUUGUUAGGUGCUUACAGGGUCUUGAAGAGGUGGAGCUCAGGAAAUGUAGGAGUAUAGUUGAUUUGGUGCUGUUGAAAUUGGCUGAGAAUUGCAAUUCUCUCAGUUCUUUAUUGGUUUAUGAUGGUGGUAGCAGAGAGGGUCUGCUGAGGUUCAUUAGCCAGUGUAGGUGCAAUUUACAAAAACUUGAUUUUCGGUUGCCUCUCGAUCUUAAUAACGAUCACCUGUCCGCUGUUGCAUUGAAUUUCCGGUGUCUUUUGAGUAUCAGGCUUCAAAGUUGUUGUCUUGUCACUGGCGAAGGCCUUAAGGCUCUUGGGAUUGCCAGGAGUUCUGCGCUUGAAGAAUUGGCAUUGAUAAAUUGUGAUGUUGUGGAACGAGAGCCGGGGUUGCUUGCCACGCUGGGGCAGAAUUUGAGGCAAUUGAGGAAAUUGGACUUGUCUUAUAAUGAAACGUUACUUGAUAAGGAGUUUAUUUCGAUGCUAGUUUCAUGUAAUGGUCUUAUUGAUUUGAGGUUGAGAGGCUGUGUAAGGCUUACCAAUGCCGCCCUGGUCUCAAUGUUUAAGAGUUGCAAGCGUUUGGAGAAUGUUGAUAUUAUGCACUGUUGUGGUAUUGAGGCUAAGGCAGUGGAGUUGUUUGUUCUGAAUUCUCCAUACUUGAGACGGGUGCAGGUUGAGGAAAGAAAGCUUUCGGAUGUUGCGAGGACAUGGGCAUCGAAUAAGUUUAUUGAGGUUGUUGUUUAAUUGUUGAAUUGACUGCAGAAGAGCAGCUGUUUAAGUUAAUAUAAGUUUCAAGCGAAACAGGUAUAUACUACACCACCACUUGUCCUGAGUGUGUUUGUAAAUUUCUGUUGCUUAUGUCGUGGAACACUAAGAGCGACUUGUGGCUCCAAUAAUUAUGUAAAUGCAAUUGUUUAAAAUGCUUUAUCGGUUCUUC